CAUAGCGCAUACAUGUGUCAAGAAAAUAAAACAGAAAAGCUUCGGAAACAGAAAUAAUUAUGUAAAUUAAGUACAUAUAAAUAUUAAAUUAACCUUAUUUUAAAUAUAAGAAAUAGUUUUGAAUGGAGUUCUUGGAUUCUCUGGAUUUCGAAACCAAAAAGAAGCCAAACCGAGUAAGAUCGUGGUAUUUGUACGAACAGUUCAAAUCACUGGAAAACAAUCAACUUGAAGCUGCAAAGAGACUGAAGAACAGAUGCUAUCAGGAGAAGAUACUGCGUAGAGAACUGAGCGAGCGGAGAGUUCGGCGCUCGUUCUGCGACCCGUGCGACAGCCGCAGUGACUGCCUCAAUACCAGCCUAAAGAGCACGCACACAAGAACCUCGCUCGACGCUAGCAACGACGACUUCCUCGAAACCUGUUCACAACUAGAAUGCGAUAGCGAUCAUGAAGACGAAACGGAACUAAGCCACGAUGAUUCUCAAACGGAACUCCCGAGCGACUUCAAAAGCGUAACCGAUCUCGACGACAGCAUCGCCAGUGUUAUCGAAAACUUGAAAGAUAGCGAAAACAUUACCGACGAAAUCAAAGAGGAGUUGGAAUUUGUCAAACACGGCAUUGCUGAGAACAUUACGCUACAGCUCGAGGCGGCCAAAGAGAACGUCCAGUGUUUAGAGAAAUUGACCGAUUUCUGCGAGGUUGAGAAGUUUUCACAGAAAACGCAGUCGAACAACGACGAGGAAAUUAAAGCUAUCAUCGUCCCCAAGGAGAGCCGCUGCGACACCCUUUACGACAAUAAUUUGAUUGCAGCUUGGAUGAAACUGGUCAACUUCGCCUACCAAGUCAUUAAACUAAACCAUGGUGGAAAUUGCUAUAGUGACUACAGCUCGCAAUUUCUGACCGCAGUCCUGGCUUGCGACGUCCUACGCCGAGGCUUGAACAGAAUGUGUGAUAUUUUGCAGCCCUACAUAUGUCCGAUCCAGUUUGAUGACGAUGAAGAGAACACAACAAGUUGCUACAAAAAAGUGAAAAGAAAAUCAAAUGAUACGCAAAAAUUGAAUUUGGAGCCCUACUCUCUACGGUAUAUCAAACAGGCAAGAACAAAACCUAAAUGGAAAUGUCAGUGUAACAAUCGAAAAUAUAAUUCGGAAAACUUUUCAAAUGAUUGCGCGGAAAAACUGCGUUUCAAAAAUAGAAUGUCCAGCGAUCCGUUGCCCAGUGUUGUCAGACGAUCGACCAGAGCGCAAAGCAAUGAAACUGGGUCGACGAACUGGCCAUCGGAGCUACCGAAAGAUAAUUUUAAAAACUUUUCAAAUGAUUGUGCGGAAAAAAUACAUUUCAGAAAUAGAAUAUCCAGCGAUCCGUUGCCCAGAAAAUCGACAAGAGCACAAAGCAAUGAAACUUCGACAAACUGGCCAUCGGAGCUACCAAAAGGAAAUUCUAGAAGGCAAUACAAAUGUCCUUGUUGCGUUAAAGUCAAGAAAAAUCCAAUGCUAAAAGUUACGGAAUACAUAGAUGGUGUACUGGCGCACUCAGGUCAAACAUAAUUGUUUUUAAUGUAUUUAUUUAAUAUUUUUCAAAUGUUUGUUUAUUAUAUACCUACAUAAU